AUGUCGGCGUUUAAAUCUGCUAGGCCACUAUUGCGGCUGACAUGCCACAUAUCUCGAGCGCCGACGCUACCAAAAUAUCGUUGCCUUCCUAAUCAGCUGCGUAGCUUUUCCGAGACGCGUGCACAACGUGUACCACAAAGAAGAGCGCCAAGGCCUUCCAAUGAACAAUCACACGUACCGCAAAACACACCGGAAAUAUCAGAGAAUCUUGUAAAGGAAUACUCCAAAGUUCGCACCGAUGAAGGCAAUCAUUCUCCAGCACCAGAGCUAGAUCAAGAUGCGAUCCUAGAGCAACUCAAACACAUCAAAGUUCGAUACCUACGGCCGGCAAUAUGGGCCAUAUUUGUAUCAAGUGGGAUCUUUGUCGGCCUUUCCUAUUUGGAAGCUAAGAGAGAGAUCAAAGACCAGUCUAUAUCUGCUGGAGGAUGGCUUCCGAAGCCGCAAUGGGCCCUUCCUCGGCGCACUGCACCAACACCAACUGAAGUUGCUACUGGAGCGUGGAACAGCUUGGAUCCUAUCUCAAGAAUCACAUAUGGAAUCAUUGGAGCCAACAGCGGGAUUUACCUGAGCAGCUUUAUCAUGCCACAGACAUGGGAUACGCUCUGGCAUCUCCCUAUCCGCAAUGUUAAUUACACCCAGUUUACGUCCAUGUUUGUACAUUCUGGAGCGUUGCAUUUCUUUGUAAACAUGUACUUCUUGAACAACUUUAUGAAACCAGUUGGAUACUCACGCCUAUUCGAGGGUAGCCCAUACCAUACCUUGUCUUUCUUCUUAUCAGCCGGUGUGCUGUCUGGUUUCGCGCAGCAUUGGUCGACUUUGAUACCCAUUCAGAAACGACCCAUCCCCGAGAUUUUCAUUCGCUGUGGAGGAGCAUCGGGUGCGCUCUUUGGUAUCCUCGGUAUCUUCUGCAUGCAGUACCCACACGCUGGACUGGGAAUUUUGUUUGUACCUGUGCAUUUUGAGGCUCAACAUGUGCUGCCUGCCAUUAUGCUUUUUGAUUUUAUCGGUAUGAUUCGCGGAUACAGCUUUGUCAAUUUUGGACAUGCAGCUCAUUUUGCAGGUGGGCUUCUGGGCGUGGCGUAUUCUCAGCUCGAUGGGAAAACAAACAUCUGGAAGCCACUUGUGCGAUAUUGGAAGCGUCAAUUACAACAACGGUCCUGA